AUGGCUCAGAUGUUUGAAAGAGAGGCCAAAAGUAACGGAAGUAUUCAGUUCCUGUUAAAGGAAAGUACCAAAUACCAAAAAGGACAGUAUGCAAUUCAGCUCAGUUAUUACAAAGGCAAAGUUUAUCUACAUCUUCAAAACAACAACAAUGGGCGACAGACGAGUCUCCCCGUUGAGAUCUUCGACUGUCUCUACGAGCAGUAUUACACAAUACAUAAAGCUGUUGAAGACGUGAAAAAAGACAGCCAAGGUCCCCCAAGUCCACAGUUGCUUGUGAUGACUCCAAGAAAACGAAAACGUAUUGUGGAUCUAGAUAGGGAUCAUGAAUUCUAG